GGUGAGUGCUGACACCACCUCACGCACACAAGCCGCCGGCGGCGACCAGACCGACCACCUCGCGCACUAGCCUUGCUCGCUUCUCGUCGCCGGCUCGUUGCCGGCUCGUCGGCACGAUGUCGUCGGAGCCUCCACCCGCCCCUUCUGCCGCCGCAGCAGAGGGACUGGCUGCUGACCUUUCCGCCGCCACCCUCAGCAAGAAGCAGCAGAAGAAGGACGCCAGGAAGGCGGAGAAGGCUGAGAAGGCGGCGCAGCGCCAGCAACAGCAGCAGCCGGCCGACGCCGAGGACCCAUUUGCGGCCAACUACGGUGAUGUCCCCGUCGAGGAGAUCCAGUCAAAAGCCAUUUCCGGCCGCUUGUGGUCCCAGAUCGGCGACCUCGACGACUCCUCUGCGGGGCGCUCUGUGCUUAUCCGUGGAUCCCUGCAGGCUAUCCGCCCGGUCAGCAAGAAGAUGGCUUUCGUCGUGCUGCGCCAGAGCAUGAGCACCGUGCAGUGCGUGCUCGUUGCCAGCGCCGACGCCGGCGUCAGCACGCAAAUGGUGCGCUUCGCCACCGCCUUAAGCAAGGAGUCCAUCGUCGACGUUGAGGGCGUCGUGUCCCUCCCCAAGGAGCCCCUCAAGGCCACCACGCAGCAAGUUGAGAUUCAAGUCAGGAAGAUCUAUUGCAUCAAUAGGGCUAUCCCAACCCUUCCAAUUAACCUUGAAGAUGCAGCUCGGAGUGAGGCAGAUUUUGAGAAGGCUGAACUGGCUGGAGAAAAGCUUGUUCGUGUUGGUCAAGAUACCCGCUUGAACUACAGAGCUAUUGAUCUACGAACACCCUCGAAUCAAGCCAUAUUCCGGAUCCAGUGUCAAGUUGAAAACAAAUUCAGAGAAUUUCUGUUGUCAAAGGACUUUGUUGGGAUCCACACGCCAAAAUUGAUUUCUGGAUCCAGUGAAGGUGGUGCAGCUGUAUUCAAGCUUCUGUACAAUGGUCAACCUGCUUGCUUGGCACAAUCUCCUCAGUUGCACAAGCAGAUGGCUCUAUGUGGUGGUUUUGAACGAGUAUUUGAGGUUGGCCCUGUGUUUAGAGCAGAAAAUUCAAACACACACAGGCAUCUCUGUGAGUUUGUUGGUCUUGAUGCUGAAAUGGAGAUUAAGGAGCAUUAUUUUGAGGUCUGUGACAUUAUAGAUGGCUUAUUUGUAUCAAUAUUUAAACACUUGACUGAAAACUGCAAUAAAGAACUCGAGACGAUAAACAGGCAGUAUCCAUUUGAACCUCUGAAGUAUCUAGACAAAACAUUGAAGCUCACUUAUGAAGAAGGAGUUCAAAUGUUGAAGGAAGCCGGAACAGAAAUUGAGCCUAUGGGUGACCUCAAUACUGAAGCUGAGAAAAAACUUGGUCGGCUUGUCAGGGAAAAGUAUGACACAGAUUUUUUCAUUAUGUAUCGAUAUCCUUUGGCUGUGCGUCCCUUCUACACUAUGCCUUGUUAUGACAACCCAGCUUACAGCAAUUCUUUUGAUGUCUUUAUUCGAGGCGAGGAGAUAAUAUCUGGAGCGCAAAGGAUACACACUCCUGAGCUGUUGACCAAGCGUGCAACAGAGUGUGGAAUCGAUGUCAGCACUAUCUCGACCUACAUUGAAGUCUUCAGCUAUGGCGCGCCUCCGCAUGGUGGUUUCGGGGUGGGUUUGGAGAGGGUGGUGAUGCUGUUCUGCGCCCUAAACAACAUCAGGAAGACCUCGAUGUUCCCUCGCGACCCGCAGAGGCUUGUGCCGUAAUUUACUGAGUCCAAUGCCCUGAGUUUGCAGCAGAGCGUACUGGUUGUUUUGAUGUUCUUUGAGCAUCGAACAUCGCUAACUUGCAAUCUCAGCUACUGAAGCCCCGGUUACCGUGGUUCAGAGUUCCUGUUAAAUUCACAAAGCUACUUGUAUCUAUUAGAUUGCUGAAACCAGCAAGUACGAUCCUUUUUGGGAUUUGAUCUGGUCUAAUUGUUGUUAAGUGGAGGUAUUGCUCUCAGUUUUUUUGUGCUCUGUUUGUCGGCAUAUGCCAAGAGCUAGGGCUUCUUAAGUUCUAAGUUUUUAGACGAGUGGAUUCCUUUUUUUUAAGAGCCGGCAAAAGUUCUGCCCUGCACCUGUUAAAAAUAGAUAUUACCCUGUUCCAAUUC